AUGAAGCCAAUCGACCCCCCGUCUCUCGAUGAUGAGGCCCAACUCCAAGCUCUGGGCCACAAAGGUGAACUAGAGCGCAACUUCUCCCUCGUAUCUAUGCUGGGUCUUGCUUUUGCCAUUCUGAACUCAUGGACUGCCCUGUCCAUGUCCAUUAGCCUGGCCAUCACCAGUGGAGGAACCACGAGUGUCCUCUGGGGGCUGCUCACAGCUGGAAUUUGUAACGUGUGCUUGGCCCUGUCCAUGGCCGAGUUUCUUUCUGCUUAUCCAACGGCUGGUGGACAAUAUCACUGGGUCGCCGUCAUUACGCCCAAACCAUGGGUGCCUCUUGCCUCCUGGAUUACCGGGUGGAUCAACGUCGCAGGCUGGAUUGCACUGACAACUGCACCCAGCCUUCUUGCCUCCCAAUUCAUCUCGGGCUUCAUCUUCCUCUUCUACCCAGACUUCGUACUGGAGAAAUAUCACUUUUGGCUCAUCUACGUAGCGUUUACUGUCACCGGCUUCAUCAUCAAUGCCUUCCUCAAUAGGAUUCUCCCCUUCAUCAAUCGCGGUGCCUUGCUGUGGACCUUGGGCGGCUUUGUCGUGAUAUCAAUCACGGUCCUGGCCUGUGCCUCGCCCGAUUAUGCAUCUGCCGAAUUUGUCUUUACCGAGUUCAUCAACGUAACUGGCUGGCCUGACGGUGUCGCGUGGCUUCUCGGUCUCCUACAGGGUGCUUAUGGCCUCACUGGCUAUGAUGCUGUCGCUCAUAUGAUCGAGGAGAUCCCCGAUGCUUCCGUGCAAGGCCCCAAGAUCAUGGUCUACUCCGUCGUCAUUGGAACCGUCACCGGCUUCAUCUUCCUCAUGGUCUUACUAUUUGUGUCCGGUGGUGAUAUGGAGUUGAUCACUUCAUCUGGAGCUGGUGUACUCCUCGCCAUACUACAAAAGGCCACCAGCAGCCGAGCAGGAGCAGUUUGCCUUGGGCUAAUUCCACUGAUCUGCUUGAUGUUUGGUCAGAUUGCCAUCAUGACCACCAGCUCCCGCAUGACUUAUGCCUUCGCUCGUGAUGGAGGUUUGCCCAUGUCGAAGCUGUUCUCCCAUGUUCACCAUGGCCUGGGUCUGCCUCUGAACGCUCUGAUGCUUUCUGCCACUCUUUCCAUCUUAUUCGGUCUGCUCAUUCUCGGGUCCAGUAGCGCUUUCAACGCGCUAGCUUCCGCCGCCGUAGUCGCCCUGGGCGUCAGUUAUGCUAUCCCGGUUGCCAUCCAUGUUUGUAGGAGGAGAAAGAUGCUCCCUGCAAGAGCGUUUGCGUUGCCCGGUCCGCUCGGAUGGAUUGCCAACCUGAUUGGGGUUGGCUACACAAUUGUCACCACAGUCCUGUUCCUAUUUCCACCGGCUCUUCCCGUGACUUCGGCCAAUAUGAACUAUUGUGUCGUCGCAUUUGGUAUCAUUCUAUUCAUCAGUACCUUCCAGUGGUUUGUUGACGGACGCAAGAACUACACGGGCCCUCGCAACGAUGCUGGUAUAGAAAUUCUGGAAGCUAUGAUGACGAACGACGAAGACAAGCCUGGGAUGAGAUAUCCAAAUGUUGCGGACGAGAAGUUGGGUUCAGAUACGGUGAAAUGA